AUGGUUCUCGAACGAUAUCCGUCCUCGACGGGCGACGCCCGCGUGACACGUGCCCGCCGCGAGUCGGGGGGGACGCACGGGGGCGGCGCGGGCUUUUCCCGUGUCGCCCUCUUCUUUAUCGUCCUGUGCCUCGCGCCCCGCGCGACACGAGGGCAGUGGCAAAGUCCAGGCGAGAGCUGCAGCUCGGACUCCGAUUGCUACAACCAUAAAAUGUGUGCCGGCGGAGUGUGUUGCUUUGCCGAUCGAUGGAGCAACGGCAUGCAGAACUGCACACAGUGCGAUGCAGCAGAAUCGGCCUUUUGUACAGAGUGUGAUGAGGGUUAUGAGAUCUAUUACGGCAGAUGCAGGCAGAUAUGUGACAGCGCAACGCAGUACCGAGAUGGUACCUACGAUUGCAGAGCGAAGGGCAAUGCGGGCUCACGGUGUUGGGGCAACAACGACGAAUGCCUGUCAAACAGUUGCAAAGGGAACUAUUGCUGUAGCGACACAGCAGUGGCUCAGGGCUGCGGAAUUUGCACAUCAGGCAACGGGGCUUGCUCCACCUUGAAGAAUGCAGGCGAGAGCUGCAGCUCGGACUCCGAUUGCUACAACCAUAAAAUGUGUGCCGGCGGAGUGUGUUGCUUUGCCGAUCGAUGGAGCAACGGCAUGCAGAACUGCACACAGUGCGAUGCAGCAGAAUCGGCCUUUUGUACAGAGUGCGAUGAGGGUUAUGAGAUCUAUUACGGCAGAUGCAGGCAGAUAUGUGACAGCGCAACGCAGUACCGAGAUGGUACCUACGAUUGCAGAGCGAAGGGCAAUGCGGGCUCACGGUGUUGGGGCAACAACGACGAAUGCCUGUCAAACAGUUGCAAAGGGAACUAUUGCUGUAGCGACACAGCAGUGGCUCAGGGCUGCGGAAUUUGCACAUCAGGCAACGGGGCUUGCUCCACCUUGAAGAAUGCAGGCGAGAGCUGCAGCUCGGACUCCGAUUGCUACAACCAUAAAAUGUGUGCCGGCGGAGUGUGUUGCUUUGCCGAUCGAUGGAGCAACGGCAUGCAGAACUGCACACAGUGCGAUGCAGCAGAAUCGGCCUUUUGUACAGAGUGCGAUGAGGGUUAUGAGAUCUAUUACGGCAGAUGCAGGCAGAUAUGUGACAGCGCAACGCAGUACCGAGAUGGUACCUACGAUUGCAGAGCGAAGGGCAAUGCGGGCUCACGGUGUUGGGGCAACAACGACGAAUGCCUGUCUGGGCUCUGCGGCCAGAACAACUAUUGUUGCGACUGCGACGCGGCGACGGCUGACGAAAGCGGAGAGUGCUGCUCUUUCUGCACACAGGGCAGCGGAACUUGUGUAGCGCGCAGCCCAACUGCAACCUGCCCAUCCGGCCAAUGCCUGAACGACACGUACGUCGGAGGCUCGCCCGUCUCGAGCGGCCAAUCACCCGCGGGCAACAACAACUCGAGCGCCGGAAAAAACAACUCGAGCGGCUGUUCGUCCACCAAGCUCCUCGCCGCCGGCGGCGACAGCAUCACCUACUACGGCGACUACACCAUCCACACGUUCACGUCUAACGGCACGUUCCAGGUCACGCACGCGGGACUGACCUCCGUGGAACUGCUGGUCGUGGGAGGCGGCGGCGGGGGCUUUGAGUAUUACGGAGGAGGUGGUGGUGGUGGGCAGGUUGUGAACAGAACCGGAAGAGCGGUCGCGAUUCAGGCUUACAACGUCAUAAUUGGCAGAGGCGGCAAUGGCGGUGAUUUCAGUACAGGCACAGACGGGGGGUCGAGCUCCUUUGAGGAUGUAUCUGCUGCGGGCGGUCGCUUGAAUCGCCAACCAUUAUCCUAUGGUGGAUACAGUGGCUCUGGAAAUCCUGGUGGAACUUCUUCAUACGGCUGUUGUGGUGGUGGUGGCGGCGGCGCAGGGGCUGUUGGCGGUGUCCCGUCUGGUGGUGCGGCAAUAACUGGCGGAAAUGGCGGAGAUGGACUUCCAUCUGAUAUCAACGGCACUACGACCUUUUACGGUGGGGGCGGUGGUGGUAAAAGCGAGGGCUAUUAUGGCGGCGACGGCGGACGGGGCGGAGGUGGAAAAGGUUAUUCCAGCUGGCAUGUGGAGGGCAUAACACCCGCACAAUCAGGAUUGCCUAGCACGGGUGGUGGCGGAGGCGGAAGCCCUACAGGGAGCCCUGCUGGUUCGGGGGGCUCCGGCGUCGUCAUCGUCCGCUACAAGCAACUCCCUGUCUGCGUGAACCAGGAGCAGCAGUGCGGCACCGAUUACUACCACGAUGGUUCGGACUGCGUAAAGUGUCCGGCGGGCACGACGAGGCAACCCGGCGCGGCCAACAAGUGCACACCAUCUGGCUCGGGGAAUGUCGACAACGGCAACAACGGCGGCAGCGGCAACAGCCCAGCGCCGGCGCCCGCCGAGUCUAAGAAACGACAGGCGGAGGAGAGGGCGAAGAAAAUGAACGCCGGCAUCACCGACCCGAUGCAGAAGAAAAAAGCCGACCUGCUCGCCGCCGCCGCCAUCGGCGGCAACAAGGUGAAGAAGCUGAAGUUCGCCCAGCCCGUCCAGGCUGCCUCCCCGGACGACGCAUGCGCACAGGCGUACGACAAGGCUGGCGUGAGAUCCAGCCUCGGCGCGUGCGUCGCGACCCAGACGUCGUCGUCGGGGCGUAGGCUCGUUGCUUCCCAGUACGACGUCGAGCUCCUCUUCAGCUCCGCCGAGGUUGACGACGCGGCGCUGACGGAGGCUGUGAACUCCCUCAAGGCGAACGGUCUGGAGUCGACGACGUCAAGCGUGGACCCUAUCGAGGAGCUCAAGAUCAUCCCGGGCGUGGACGUCACGGAGCUCGCGAGUUUCGAGACCGACGCAAAGGCUGCGGCGGAGGAGGCCGAGGCGCAGUCGCCGCCGGAGGCGGCACCGCCGCCGCCGCCCUCGCCGCCGCCGCCGCUCGUCUUGGACGAUGACGAUCACGCGCCGGGGCGAGCGGGCGCGCUCCUCGUGACGGCGUUCGCGACGCUCGCGUGCGUCCUGUUCGUGUAAAUUAGUGAUUGAUCGAGCGCGAGGCGUGCGACUCGCGCGGAUCGUGAUUUCGUGCGAUUAAAAAUCGAG